UGCUUUGUCAAGAUCCCCCGCGAACCUGGCCAUCCCGGCAAGGGCAACUACUGGACACUGGACCCGGCCGCAGAGGAUAUGUUUGACAACGGGAGCUUCCUGCGACGGAGGAAGCGCUUCAAGCGCACCGACAUCACCACCUACCCUGGCUACAUGCAAAACUCCAGCGCCUUCACGCCCCCACCCGCUGGCCGCCCCACGGCACCAACAGCACCCUACCCCAACACGCUCUGCUCACCUGGAGCAGCGCCACCGGCACAGCAUCACAGGAUGUUCAGCAUUGACAGCCUCAUCAGCGGGCAGCAGGCCCUGCAGCCCUCGCCACCCACUGAGCUGGGCCACCCAUCACUGGGCUUGCCCGGGGCCGAGCUAGCUCCCACCUGCUCUGCCAGCAGCUCUGAUCCUCCCUGCUUCCAGGCGCAGCCUGUCAGCCCCAGCUUGUUGGGCCGGGCUGGCCCCAACACCCUGGCUUACCCCUACACUGCCUCGCCCCCGCACCUGCCCGUGGCACAGGGCAGCUACUCACCCAGCAGCCCGCAGCUCUAUGGGGCUCCCAACAGACUGGCCUUGCCGGCCAUGCGGCCCCCGGCCUGCGCAGAGCACAGUGAGCAGCUCCUGGGUCUCUCUGCAUCGCCCCUCGGCCAGUUCGGCUCCAGCAAUGCCUACAUGAGGCAGCCCAAUUUCCCCGCCGGCCUGGAGCGGUACAUGUGA